GAAGAGAGGACGUGACGUAGCUGCAGUUGCUGUAAAAUGGCGUCGGUCGUGUGUUAGUCGAAAAACACAACGGAAGAGUUAAAACACAGAGAAAAGCACUACAACAUUAUCUACCACUGUGUCAUUUGUUGGACCUUAACAAGGUUCAGCCAUGGCGGAGGAGAGUACGGUGGCCUCGGAGGGCAUCGUGGGCCUCGAUGAGCCCAAGAAGAUGACCAGGGAGGACUGGAGGAAGAAGAAGGAGCUGGAGGAGCAGAGGAAGCUGGGAAACGCUCCAGCUGAGGUGGACGAGGAGGGGAAGGACAUAAACCCUCACAUCCCACAGUAUAUUUCAUCGGUGCCAUGGUACAUCGACCCGUCCAAAAGGCCCACACUAAAGCAUCAGAGACCACAGGAUGAAACUGAAGCGCCAUAUUCAAGUGUUGGAGAGUGGUACAAGAGAGGAGUGCAAGAGAAUGCUGUCACCACUAAGUUUCGUAAGGGGGCUUGUGAGAACUGUGGUGCCAUAACUCACAAGAAGAAGGACUGCUUGGAGCGACCCAGAAGAGUUGGGGCGAGGUUCACGGGUACCAGCAUAGCCCCAGAUGAACACAGUCAGGUACAGCUUGACUUGGACUAUGAUGGGAAGCGAGAUCGCUGGAAUGGGUAUAACCCUGAGGACCACCAUCGCAUCGUGGAAGAAUACGCCAAAGUAGAUCUGGCCAAAAGGACAUUGAAAGCACAGAAGCUUCAGGAUGAGUUGGCCUCUGGAAAAUUGGAUCAAGAGCGGGAACACGACAGCGAGGAUGAGGAUGAAGAUAAAUAUGCAGAUGACAUCGACAUGCCGGGUCAGAACUUUGACUCCAAGAGACGAAUCACUGUUAGGAAUCUGCGUAUCAGAGAAGACACAGCUAAAUACCUGAGGAAUUUGGAUCCAAAUUCAGCAUAUUAUGAUCCAAAGACUCGAGCUAUGCGAGAGAACCCGUACUCCAACACCGGCAUGAAUCCCGAUGAGGUGGGGUAUGCUGGAGACAAUUUUGCUCGCUAUAGUGGGGCCACCAUCACCAUGGCUCAAACACAGUUGUUUGCCUGGGAGGCCUAUGAGAGAGGCUCUGAGGUGCAUCUGCAAGCCGACCCCACCAAACUUGAGCUGCUCCAUCGGUCCUUCAAAGUCAAGAAGGAAGACUUCAAAGAGAAACAGAGGGACGGCAUUCUAGAGAAGUAUGGAGGCGAAGAGCACUUGGACGCUCCGCCUCGGGAGCUGCUCCUGGCCCAGACAGAAGACUACGUGGAGUACUCUCGUCACGGUGCUGUACUGAAGGGACUUGAGAAGGCCGUGGCUCGCUCCAAGUAUGAAGAGGACGUGAUCAUCAAUAACCACAAUUGUAUUUGGGGCUCCUUCUGGAAGGAUGGCUUCUGGGGAUACAAGUGUUGUCACUCCAUGGUCAAACAGAGUUACUGCACAGGAGAGAGUGGAAUUGGAAUUAACAACUCAGACUGUGUUCCAUUCGAUGAGGGACUGACGGAGAUACAGGAGGAAGAGCAGCCCAAGACUCUGCUGGAAAUGCAUCGAGAUAAGAUGAUGAAAGAGAAGAAGAAGAAGAAAAAUAAGAAAAACAAGAACAAGAAGCACGGCUCUGACAGCAGCGAUUCAGAGGAUGAAGAGAAGAAGAAGGAGAAGCUGAGAAAGGCACUAGAAGCAGAGGACAAGCGGGUGAAGCACGUUGACGCAAUAAUGCAGGUGGAGGAGAGAAAGAGGCCGUACACCAGCUUACAGGAAGUGAAGGCACCCACUGAGGAGGAGAUGGAGGCCUUCCGCAUGAAACGCUGCCGCGAAGAUGAUCCCAUGGCUUCCUUCCUGGGACAGUGACCUGCUGACUCCCUUAACGUCUCCUCAAGGACUCGUGCCAGAGCUGCUGCUCGGUUAAAAAAAACAACAACUCAACUUUCAUCUUGUGAACCUACAGCAGGAGACUUCUGUUUGGUUACGACCGUGACAGAAACCGUGUACAGUGUUUUGUUCAUAUCAAUUUGAAAACUUGUUUUAGAUGCGACAGGUCCAAAGACCAUACGACAAUGAUGAUCUAUGCUUUUGUUUUUACUUAAACAGUUUCAUGUGAAAAGAUAGUUUUCUUAGACCUGGGAGCCUCCCUCAGUCCCAGUGUAAUUACUUUUAGGGGGAAUGCAUCGUUUUUAUAAUAAAAAAUACAGUUUUAUUCGUCUGGAUACUUUGUCUUGGGAAGAUUUUAUGUUAUGCACAUGGAUUAUCAUAAUUGUCAUUGUGGUCAUUAAUGAUGGAUAGGAAAGUAUUUUUAUGUCAAAGUAACUGAAAUAGGACACUGGUAAUAUUUUUCUGACAUAUAU